GCUGCCUGACUGGAAUGAGGGUAGCAGCGGCGACUGCGGCGGCAGGAGCGGGACAGGCCAUGGCGGUGUGGACGCGGGCCACCAAAGCGGGGCUGGUGGAGCUGCUCCUGAGGGAGCGCUGGGUCCGGGUGGUCGCGGAACUGAGCGGGGAGAGCCUGAGCUUGACGGGCGACGCGGCGGCGGCGGAGCCCGAGCCAGCUCUGGGGCCGGCGGCGGCCGCCUUCAACGGCCUCCCGAACGGCGGCGGCGGCGCCGGUGACUCGUUGCCCGGGAGCCCGAGCCGUGGCCUGGGCCCCCCGAGCCCUCCCGCGCCACCGCGGGGCCAAGCGAGCGAGGCGGGGGCGUCGCCGCCGGUGCGCCGGGUGCGGGUGGUGAAGCAGGAGGCGGGCGGCCUGGGCAUCAGCAUCAAGGGCGGCCGCGAGAACCGGAUGCCGAUCCUCAUCUCCAAGAUCUUCCCGGGUCUGGCAGCCGACCAGAGCCGGGCACUGCGGCUGGGCGACGCCAUCCUGUCGGUGAACGGCACGGACUUGCGCCAGGCCACCCACGACCAGGCCGUGCAGGCGCUGAAGCGCGCGGGCAAGGAGGUGCUGCUGGAGGUCAAGUUCAUCCGAGAAGUAACGCCAUAUAUCAAGAAGCCAUCAUUAGUAUCAGAUCUGCCAUGGGAAGGUGCAGCUCCCCAGUCACCAAGCUUUAGUGGCAGCGAGGACUCUGGUUCUCCAAAACACCAGAAUAGCACCAAGGACAGGAAAGUCAUUCCUCUCAAAAUGUGCUUUGCUGCUAGAAACCUAAGCAUGCCGGAUCUGGAGAACAGAUUGAUAGAGCUACAUUCACCUGAUAGCAGAAACACGUUGAUCCUACGCUGCAAGGAUACAGCCACUGCACACUCCUGGUUCGUAGCUAUCCACACCAACAUAAUGGCUCUCCUCCCACAGGUGUUGGCUGAACUCAAUGCCAUGCUUGGUGCAACCAGUACAGCAGGAGGCAGCAAGGAGGUCAAGCACAUUGCCUGGCUGGCAGAACAGGCAAAACUAGAUGGUGGAAGACAACAGUGGAGACCUGUUCUCAUGGCAGUGACUGAGAAGGAUUUGCUGCUUUAUGACUGUAUGCCAUGGACAAGGGAUGCCUGGGCAUCACCAUGUCACAGCUACCCUCUUGUUGCCACAAGAUUGGUUCAUUCUGGCUCUGGAUGUCGAUCACCCUCCCUUGGUUCUGACCUUACAUUUGCUACCAGGACAGGCUCUCGGCAGGGCAUUGAGAUGCAUCUCUUCAGGGUGGAGACACAUCGGGAUCUGUCGACCUGGACCAGGAUACUUGUUCAGGGUUGUCAUGCUGCUGCUGAGCUCAUCAAGGAGGUGUCUCUAGGCUGCACGUUAAAUGGACAAGAGGUAAGACUCACUGUCCACUACGAAAAUGGGUUCACUAUCUCCAGGGAAAAUGGAGCUACCAGCAGCAUACUGUACCGUUAUCCCUUUGAAAGGCUGAAAAUGUCUGCUGAUGAUGGCAUUAGAAAUCUGUAUCUGGAUUUUGGUGGUCCUGAGGGAGAGCUGACCAUGGACCUGCACUCUUGUCCAAAGCCGAUUGUAUUUGUGUUGCACACGUUCUUGUCGGCCAAAGUCACUCGCAUGGGACUGCUUGUAUGAGUAGCAGAAAAUCAGAAAAGAACCUUGAAUGUCACAAGUAUUUCCAUCUCAAAAAA